AUUAUGUUUGUAUGACAACCCUAUUUCAAUGUCAUAAGAAGAAAAUCGACGAUAUGAAUCACCAAACGCAUUUUAUUCGCCAGUCAUAUCGGUCUAGUGUUUGAUUUUCAAUUUCAAAUUCAUUUCGGAGUGUUUUGUGUCAAAUUCAAAUUAUUGUGAAGCAGAUUUGUGAAAUUGUAAUUUUUUUGUGAUAAAUUAAAGUGUACUUAAUUAUCGUAAUUGCAUCAGCAUGCCGAAAAAACUAAAAGCAGUUGCUACGUUGCACUUUUCGCAUGAAAUUCGGAAGGAUAUAAAGUUAACGAACUUGAAAUCGUUGAAAUUGGACGAUGCUUGGCCUUUUAUUAGGGAAGAAAUCGAGGCUGAGAUCGGAAGCAGUCAACUUAUUUGCAUCCCGCACAUAACAGAGGCUGACUUGUACAAAAUCACGUCGAUAUUCGUACAAAACGAUGUGGCGAAAGACGGAAAGAUGUUCAAGCCGCUUGGAGUUCUCAACAAGAACAUAAACAGAGACAAGACUAGUGCGGAGUAUGUCAAGCUACUGGAACAGGACAGUUUUGAUGAUGCAAGCUUCAAGUUUCCCCAUGAGAGUGUUAAGAUAACACUUCAAGAUGAGAACUUGAAGAACAAAGUUAGGGUAAUAAUGCUCAACUUCAGCAAGAAAUGUAUUCCCAGCAAUAGAGACUUUGUGAAUAAUGUUUACUUGGAUCUCAGUAAUCACGAUUUGAAAGGAAAGAAGUCUGUCUACAUGAUCACCAAAGUAUUAAUGGCCAAAACUAUAGAAUUCAGAGUGAGCAAGGGUGAUUCAGCAAGAAUUUUCCAUUUGGGAAAUCUCUCACCACUCGUUUUUGGCAUUGAAGAAUUCAAGAUUGGUGCGGAUGGAAAAUUAAUCGCAAAGGAGCCCGUCACAAUAAAGUCCAAGGAACUGCAAUUCAAGAAGUUAGACCCGGCUGACACCCUGUACAUCCCGGAAGAGAAAUCUGAGAUGCAACAUGGGGGUCUCAGUUGCCCUGCCGCUUGCUCGUUGAGACGCUAAGUCCGAGGACCCAUCCAUAUCACAACUACUCUAUGUAACUUUAUUUUUCAAUCCUACUUUGUUUAGUAGCCAUUUUCGUAGCACGUUUCAGCAAUCAGCUUCAUUCUUAACCUUACUGGCUCUUAGCAGUGCUGUUUUAGCAUCAGUUUUUUCUUCAGCUAGAAUAAAAUAGGAUACAAAGGUACCUAAAAUGUUACAAACCAGCAUUGUCGACAGGACGAGGACUCUAAGCCCCAUGUCAUCUACAAAUUUAAUUUGUAAAUCUUAGUAAAAAAUUGAAAAAAUAUGUUAAGAGUAACAUAGUAAAAAAAAUUGUUGGUAGUUGGUAGUUAGUAUUAGUAAAAUUAAGAAGUAUUGAAAAUUCAAAAUGUUGUGGAUUGUACACAAUAAAAAUUAUAGAUGUAUUUUAUUGUAAACUACUUGCAACAUGCAGAAAUUGACAUGGCACUUGAUUCUAUAGAAUCUUCUUAGAAUGAGGUACCUAAUUAUUUAUUUUCUGUGUGUUUUAUACUUAAAAUCGAGUAUUCCAUUUUAUUCAUAUAGUGACAAUAAAUUUCUAAAUUAUUAUUUGUGAUAUACUUUUAGGUUUGAAAGAUCUUUAUGCAAUAUGCAUAGACUAGAAAGCAAAUUUUAGCUUUAUCUGAUUUUUGUGUGUUUGGUGUUUAUAUUGAUUGGCAAUAAUAGUAUUUUGUGUGUGCACUUGUUUUUAGAUUUGGGUUCUGUGGUGAGGUAUGUUUAAAUUAUUGUAACUGUAAGAUUUAGUUUUUAUCGUAAACGGCCACUUCGUAAACAUGACAUACUGAUAUUAUAAAUAUGCUGAAAAUAGAUCUUGUGUCAUUACUCAUCUUACUAUAAUAAAUACACAUUAAACUAUGGUGAUAAAAUCUGCCUAAUUGUACAAUAAGAUAAUUUUAUGAAAAUUGUACUUUUGCCUUUAAAUUUGCAUUUUGGUAUAUAAAGUACUGUAUUAGCUUUUUUAAUUAGAUUCUUUUGUUUAUAAAAAUCUUGGUUUUUACAUUCCAAAAUUGCUUUUAAUCCACAUUUGCCUGUGAUUUCAUGUUAUACCAGUAUUUCUUUUUUUAUGCACUUUGUUAGUUGUACAACUAUUGUACUUAGUGAUUAUUUUCAUAAAUAAAUCAAUUGUGUUUAA